GCCCGAUCAAAAUAUUUUAAUUUAUAAUUUUCCCAUCGGAAUUACCAAUGUUGCUGUCAAUAGUGAUGUGCAUGGCUGUGGCUACUCUCAUUUCUACUCCAGCCGUCUUCUCCAACAGCAAUCUCCGUACUCUGCGCACCUUCCAGAUGCAAGUAUGUGACGAGGAGGAACUUCGGAUCGAGUGCUGGCCCAACACAGCAAUCAGCAUCAGCCACGCAGAAUACGGGAAACCCGUGUCCGGCGAGAUGAUGUGCCUAACGCAAGCCAAGGGGCCCUCCCUAGAAGAUAUCGCGAGGAAUCCCGGAUGCUCCGCACACAAUGUCAGAGAAAACCUUCAGUCGUCUUGUCGAGAAAAACAAGAGUGCCAGUUAGAAAUAUCUCCAAAACUUUUAAAAGAAGAUCCUUGUCCGGGAGUCCAGAGAUAUCUAGAUGUUGCCUACAAAUGCAGACCAAAUAAAUUUUUCACCCGCAUAGUAUGCCAGCAUGAUAAAAUGAGAUUGAGGUGCCACAAGUCAUUACGCAUCAUCAUAUACAGCGCAUUCUUUGGCAGUUCUCUCACGGGUGUUGAAGAAUGCCCGAAUACUGCCAGUAAAAAUCUUGAAGACUGUGAAGCAGGCUUCGCCACUGAAACUGCAAUGAACAGCUGUCACGGGCGCAGAAAAUGCACGCUGUCUGCUGAUUCCUUGAUGUUUGGGAGCACUGGAUGCUCAGCCAAAGCAAGAUUAUUUUUAAAAGUCGUUUUUACAUGUGUUCCUAAGGAUUCCCUUCAAGACCUGGAGUUGCAAGAAGAAACAGAAAUAGAUUAUUCAAAUGGCCUAAAUGAGCCGGAUGUAUCUGAGAUAUUGCAUAACUUGAAGUCUUCAGACAACGUGAACCUCAAGUUCACUACACCCUCUAGUUACCACAGAGGUGUUUUUGACUUCAAUAUCACUACAACCAAAAAAGCAGAUGUACAAAGUGAUGAAACAAGCGACGACAUAAGUGAUGUCAACUGUACAGUUGUUGAUGACAAUCAAAAAGUUAUUGGUUUUAUAACAGAAUGGAUAGCAGCUUAUAAAUUCAUCACAGAAAACAAAGAAAAGUUCAUUCUCUACGUAACUCUAAGCCUUGGAGCCGGGAUCCUUCUGUUCUUAUUGGUGUUGACAGUGCGGUUAUAUUCGCAGCAACAGAAGACUCUAAAAAAGGCAAAGCUGAAUAUAUCGGAGCCGCUGCCCCUGAACUUUGACGAAGACUGUUCCGACCUGGACCAGUACGAUCCCAGGCAGGACCAGAGCGUCGAAGUGGUACGGUACACAAACAUGUCCACCAUACGGAGGCAAGACAGCACGAGUCAGCCGCGGGCACCCCUCUCCCAUUCCAUGAACAGUUACUAUUACAGUUAA